AUGCCGAGUAGACGCCAGUCUCUUGACCUGCGUGAUGACUCAGCUGUGAUGUCUCAUCCUAUUCUUGAGGACGACGAACUUGAGGGCGAGUUCGAGGAAGGCGCUUCAGAACCUGUGAAUAUCCAGAAUCAGACAAAGGUGAUCGAGGACCAGAUCCGUCAGUUCGAGAAGAAGUGCGAGUGGGAGCUGGCUACGGAAGACGACGAAACGCUCUUUGACGGAAAUCAAAAGCCUGUCGAAUAG